AUGAGGGAUGCAGUUUCUAAAAGUGUUCAGGAUGGUUUUCUUCGUCGAUUGUCUAAGGAAUCUACUAGGCACAUUGAUAUUUUAGACUUAUUGUUAAAUUCUAAUAAAGAAAUGGUUGAUAUGAAAAAGUUAGAUUUGGAAGAUAUGAGACAAAAAUUAUGUGCUGUAAAUUGGAAAACUGAAUUAGUAGCCGUCCAUAUCUCCUGUGGGAAACAAAUGGUACGAAGUGGCCGAAUUGUUGGGGGUGAAGAUGCUCACGAUGGAGAGUUCCCUUCUUUAGUAUCUAUCAGACUGAGUGGACAACAUUUCUGUGGAGGCACUAUCCUUGCCAGCCGUUGGGUUUUAACGGCAGGUCAUUGUGUCAGCAAGUAUUCUGCUAGUCGUUUCGUAGUGCGAGUGGGAGAAUAUCGGCUGUCCCAAGACGAAGACCACCCAACGCAAGAUAUUCCUGUCAAACAAAAAAUUAUUCACCCCCGUUAUUCUGAACCAAAACGAUACUUUAACGACAUUGCCUUAUUAGAGCUAACAGAGGAUAUAAAGUUCAAUGAUUAUGCUUGGCCAGCUUGUUUACCAUUACCAGAGGAGUCCAGUUCAUAUAAAGACCAACAAGUGACUGUAACUGGCUGGGGUUGGCUGAAUGAGCCUGACAAAGGGGGAAAACGUGCAGAUACACUACAAAAGGUUCAUGUGCCGGUAAUAGACUACAAAGAGUGCCAAAAUAUGUAUCAUACAGCAGGAAAGAUGGUGAUUUUUCAAAGCGGACAAAUGUGUGCUGGUUAUAAAGAAGGAAAAAAAGAUUCUUGUCAGGGAGAUUCUGGUAGUCCUCUGUACAUGAAUAAAAACAACAUAUUUACCGUAGUUGGAGUAGUUUCAGCGGGAAUUGGUUGUGGUCGAGAAUAUCUUCCUGGCCUUUACACAGAAGUUGUAUUUUACCGGUCAUGGAUCCUUGAACAUGUUGAUAAUAUUUGA